CUCACAAUGAGAGGUCUGCUAGACCCGCGAGCUCGCCUGAGAGAGAGGCGUGGAACCCUUCGUCUCGACUUGAAACGCCCCAUGGCUCGGACCGAGACUCUAGAAAAAGCGACACGUCCGUGCAAGCUAUACCGAAGCACGGAGCAUGCAGCAGCAUGCCUGCACUGUGUACGUCGCCGAGUGCCUCUUUCGAGUCCGAGGACGUCAGUCGGAGCGGCGAUCAAGCUUCCCAUGCACCCUCGCCGGUCGCUUGCGGUGUGCUGAUCGGCUUUCUCUCUUUCUCUCCACCCUCGCGAGUCUUGCUGCACGGGCCGAUCAGCUGGCCCAGCCGGGAGAGCAUGCAUGCGUCUCUGGCAUCUGCCUCACCGCUCCGGUCGCCUGACAUACCUGCAUCACGGGCAACCUGCCCAUCUCUUACGAGACUCGUUGUCCCGGCUCGCCACGAGCAGCUGGAGGGCAGCGGCAGCGUCCACGCGCGGCUCGGAGAGCGUCGGAAGCGCGCCGAGGACACGCGCCCGCUUGCUUGCGGCGUGGAGCUGCAGUUCUUGCGGCACCUGCUUCCCAGCCAGCGAGCCCAGAGGCUGCUGUUGCGUGCUCAGCUGCGACUUGCGAGCUGUGUGCUGCAUGGGUGUGGCGGGCAUCUUGCAGGUGCAGCUUGCAGCUCGCAGCUCGCAGCUUCAGGGCGUUGUCGCGACCUCGAGCCGGCGCUGACUCUGAAGCAUGACUGUGGACGCCGAACGGAUCCGCGGCGCUUACGCCGGCGCUGCAGCACCCGCUCGAGUCAGCGGCUGAGAGCCCGCGCAGACGACGCUCAGCAAGCAUGAAGAGGGCCACCGCUCUCCGCCCUGCCGGAUGCACGCCGGGCAAGGGUGCAGCAGGGGCGGAGCUGCAAGUGGCGCAGCGUGCAGCGAAGCUGCCCGAGCGCACGCUGCAGCCUCGUGUGCAGCCUCGGAGCAGAGAAGCGACGGGGCGUGCACAGAGCUCGGCAGUCACAGCAGAGGCGGCGAGAGCGCCAUGUCCUGCGCCGCCUCUGCGCUCCGAGCGUACG